UAGAUCAAGGGUUUCUUAAUCGCAACUGUACACGAACUAAUAAUAAAAUUUUCGUUCAGGAUUAUUGAAGUUGUUCGAUCGAACUUAAUCGGAACGAUACUGUACACGAACCAGAAGAUUAAACCAAAGCCAACUCGGUCCAAAUAAUUGUUGUUUUUUUGCAUACAAAAACGUAAACAAGAAGAGCAAAAAUGGUUGGCAGAAAUGCUAAAGCGUUGUCACACUUUCACCGCCUCACCGAAUACAUUGUGCAAUGCAAGCACUGCGAUAAGACGCUGUCAUCCAAACACACCUCCUCGAAUCUGACGCGCCAUUUAAUAAGGAACCACAAGUUACUGGCUCGAGCCAUAUUUGCCGGUGAUGAGGGCAAAAUGCUGGCCGAGCUGAGGGAGGAACUUAAUGCCCCCGAUCCGGAGCCCGAGCCCGAUGUCGAAUUGGACGCCACGAUGGGAGAGCGGGAAACUAAGACGGCGGUACGCACCAUCAUUGAUAACCAGCAUCAGGGAACAAUGAAACAGGAUCAACAACAUCAUCAUCAUGACACACGCAACAAAGUAAUUGGCAAGAAUAAUAAACUGUGGGCGCAUUUUGUGCGUAUAUCCGAGUUUAUGGCCAAAUGCAAGCAUUGCAGCAAAACGUUAUCCUCCAAGCACUCGUCGUCCAAUCUGAUGAGGCACAUCGUCCGGCGACAUCAUAAUUUUUCGAAAAACUUGAGCUACUCCCAACACAGCCUAAUCUCACCUAAAAAGGAGAAUAUUAAGGUGGAGGAGCGAAGACAAGUGGAUCCACUGGAAAAGGUGGACUUUGACGAUGUCGACAGUAUAAUUGAGAAGGUCACGGACCAAAUGGAUGAUGAGUUUGAUUCGAUUUCGCAACAGGAACCUUUCUACGAAUACGUGGUGGACAAUUCGGAAGUAAUGGUAGCAAGGCAUUGUGAUGACGAGCCAUCAAACAUGACCAACUCUAUGGAGCAUCAAGGCGAUGGCAAUUCACUGCACGAGGGAACCACUCAAAUGGACGAGAAGCUCAAAGCUGAAACCAUAUAUUACAAUGAAAUGGCCGAAUUGGCAAGAGCCAAGCGACGCCUUAUUGAUCUGCAAACCAAGAAACUCUUACUUGACAUGAACGUCGUGGAAACCAAUUAAAUAAAUUAUUAUCAAUUAUUUUGUUAUGAUAAUAUUACACACAAAUAUAUUAUAUGAUUUAAAAAACAGUAAUGACAGUUGGCCUAUGUAACAGUUUGAACUUAUAUACAUUAUUCUUAAUAAAUACAAGAAAUAAA